AUGAUCAGAGUUUUAGAUCACCUUACACCAAAAGCCCAGUUUCUGCUCUAUGAAGCAAAUAAAUUCAAGUCAAUGAACAACUAUGCUUAUUGGUGGGCAGAGAAUAACUCAGUAUUCCUUUGUGAACAAGAUAACAAGCGUAAAAGCAAGAGAAGUGAGUUGGAAGAUCUACGGAAGUUGGCCGCAAGUGCUAAUGAUGAUCCAGAUAAGUGAUUGCUGUUGUAGCUUAAAUGCUAAAGUUAUUUACUAAUGAUAUUCAAAGUUAUAAUAAUGGCUUCGAGCUAUAAAGAACAAUGCCAAAAAAAUCGAUAUCAUCUUUCUCUUUUGCCCUAUUAUCACCAAAACAUUUUGCAAGCUCAUGGUAACUUCAAUAACAUCUUAUCUAAUGCACUGUCUUCUAAAAAUGAUUUAGAUUUGUUGCCUAGUUUAUCUGAUCUAAAUAUUUUUAAUUUCAACUGUACUUUUGAUAAUGACAUUAAUCCUGAUCGCAAUUUGCAUAACAUUGUUCAGCAUGACUGCUGAUACUUCUCCCCUCACUGCUUUGAUUUGCAUAAGAAUACCAUACAAAAUACCUGGAAUCCUAAACUAUCAUUCCUGCAUAAUAAUGUUAGAAGACUAAAAAAAAUAUAGAGGCAUUUCAGAAUCACCUAUUGAGUGAGUUAAAGUUUACUUUUGAUAUCAUUGGUGUUUCUGAAACGAAGAUAGUUGAGAUAUGCCUUUAACUUUUAGCCCCGAUUUACCAGCGUAUAAUUUUGAAUACGUUCCUACUCCACUAUCAGCAGUUGGAGUGGGCAUGUAUAUAGCAGAUAACAUCAAUUAUUCUGUCAUUGAGAGGACUUCAAAUAUUUACUUUCAGGCUCUAUGGAUAGAACUUGCUAUGGGUGAUAACCGAAGUAUUGUUUGUGGUGUUGUUUAUCGACAGCACAAUGAUACAACUAAAUUUGUAGGUUAUAUAAGUGCAACCUUAUAUAAUUUCAACAAAUUGUCUAAGACUGUUUGCAUGAUGGGUGACUUCAAUAUAGAUCUUCUUAAAUAUGAAACAAGUAACUAAAAAACUACAGCAAACAAUUUUUAAACUGUUUAUACAGCUCCACCUUUUCCUGACUCACUAAACCAACAAGAGUUUACGGUAAUUCUGCAACUCUUAUUGGUAAUAUAUUUUUCAAUAACAUUGAGUGCAACUCCCUUAGUGGAAAUAUUGUAUCCGACAUAAGUGAUCAUUUUUCACAAGUCUGUAUUCUGUAUAAUUGCACAAAGUCUCAUCUAGGACUAGAAACAAGAAAAUAAGGGAUUACUCGAAAUUUAACAAGCGGUUGUUUUUAACAGAUCUUCACGACAAAGUUGUGAAUGUACAGGAUCAUACAAAUGUUGAUACUGCUUUUUGCACUUUCUAUCGCAAACUUAACAAAACAGCAAAUAAACAUGCACCGUUUAAGCCUGUAUCAAAUUGUAAAGCAAAACAAAUUUCUAAACCAUGGAUAACCAAAGGAAUCAGAACUUCAAUUAGGUUAAAAAACAAAUACUACAAAAAUGGUGAGAGAUAAAUAUAGACUUUACAGAAAUAGAAUUUCUCAGCUCACAAGGCACAGUAAGUCCCUAUAUUAUCAUUCUUUCUUUGAGUCUAAUUUACACAAUAUAAAACAAACUUGGAAGGGAAUUAACAAUCUAAUCUCUAGUAGAAAAAAGGAAAAACAAAUGCAACAUUAGAAACAUUAAAAAAAAUUCUAGUUUAAUAACUAAUCACCAGUUUGAAAUUGGUAAUAUAUUCAAUGCUCACUUUGCUACUACAGGGCAAAAACUAGCUAGUAGGCAUCAUCUGAUAAUUCAUUCUCAUCAUAUCUAGGGGACUCUGUUAAUGAAUCUUUCUUUUUCAAUGCUUUUUCUGCUUACAAGGUUCAAGAACAAAUAUCUAGUAUACCAGGAAAUAAGACUUAUGGUCUUAUG